AACUUUAUAAGCCACUUAAUUGUUUUGUUUUGUUUAGGGUGACUUCAGGAACAAGAAGGUGGCUUAAAAACGAAAGUUAGCGGGGCCUUAGUUGAACAAGUUAAUACGUUAAAUGUCGUAAUUUAGCAGACAGUCCCUGAAGAGUAGAGUCUUUACAAACUGACAUCUUUCAUUCAGUGUUUGUAUCUGAUGGUGUGAGAUCUCUGUUUACCAUGAGCACUCUGUUUGUCUGUGAGGAUCCAUCCACGUGGAGGACUGUGUAUGACAAAUACUGGGAUGUAGUGGAAGCCAAGACGAAAGGCAAGAAACCUGGAAAGCUGCUGAGCCUUGACAAGUGGUAUCAAGAGGAGCUGCCAACACUCAUAUCAAGUAGGCCUGAAAAACAUGUCACUCAGACAGAACUGGUGAAACUUAUGGAGUGGAAGCUGACUAGAGGAAAAUUCAGGCCACGGCUGCAGCAGCUGGUAGCUUCUAACAGCGUGGACACUGUGGAGAAAUGUUCCAGAAAGGCCUUCAGCCUUCUUCCUGACGUGCAGGCAUCAAUCUCAGAGCUCAGCACCUUGAAAGGAGUCGGCCCAGCCACCGCUUCUGCUGUAUUGGCUGCAGGAGCUCCAGAACAAACUGCAUUCAUGUCUGAUGAGGCCAUGGAGAGUGUGCCAGGACUAAAGCCCAUCCAGUACACAGCCAAACACUACGCUCUCUACCUGGGCAAAAUGGUGGAGCGGACUGAAAAGCUAAACAAAGUGGAUCCCCUGCAGGAGUGGACGCCCCACAGGCUGGAGCUGUGUUUGUGGGCCAUGACCAUCGCCGAGCAGCAAAGGCUUCCACUUCUGAAGGACGUCGAUGUGAAGACCAGCAGUGUGGCAGACGAGUGUUCAGAUGCUGACCAGAGACCAGCAAAGAAGCUCAAAACAAGAUAAAAAAUCACUUUUGUUUUCACAUUAAACGUGAAUAAAUGUUUUCUUUUUGUGUUUUUAUAAAAUAAUAAAGCCUUUACAUCAAAUGAAGAACGUUCAGUGUUUAAUCAUGUUUUUGUGGAAUUAAUAAAUGAACUGAAUAAAA